UUAAAUACAGCGUGUUUCCACACAAAAAAAGUUACACGGUAUUACCCGUGUAAUACCGUGUAAUACCGUGUAACUUACCUGUGGAAACACAAGCAACACGGUUUAUUGGCGACCCGUGUCGACCGAGAUACGGAUUAUCAUAACCACCUCUGGGAGGUGGUUAUUGCCGUGUCGAUCCGUGUGAAAUCGCUGUGGAAACACACAGAUAGAUUAUCCUUUAUUUGGACAAUUUGCUAAUGUCUCUGAGAGUAGUGUAACUGCUCAGUCUACAAUUUGUGUUAGAACUCCACGGUUCAGCCCUUCAGAAUAACUAAUAUGACAUCAACAGUGCAUCUGAAUUCUUCCAGCAUUCUUGGCAAGCAAACUAUAAUAGAUGCAAUCUACUUCGGGCACAUUAUCUGUUCCAUACGCAGAUUGGUUGUACAAUAUUGUCAAACUUGAAGCCAACAAUUGCAACAAAACCAGCAACCGAGAUGAUAAUUGAAAAUAAUGUUUCAGUCCUGGUCAUCGACAACGGAUCGGGUACGACUAGGGCUGGUUUCGCAGGCGACGAUGCACCACAAGCUGUCUUUCCAUCUCUUGUCGGUAGACCAAGGAAUCAGGGCAUGCCUGCCAAUGGUUUGAAAGACAGCUACGUCGGCGACGAGGCCCAGAGCAAGAAAGAAAUUCUAACCCUCAAAUACCCGAUCGAACACGGUGUCGUCACAAACUGGGACGGCAUGGAGAAGAUCUGGCAUCAUACCUUCUACAACGAGCUCCGUGUCGGCCCCGACGAACACCCGAUACUCGUUUCUGAGGGUGCGAUGAAUCUCAAAUCCAACAGAGAAAAGACGACACAGAUAAUGUUCGAGACAUACAACACCCCAGCUUUCUACGUAGCACGCCAGGCUGUCUUGUCCCUCUACGCCUCAGGUCCGAUAACUGGGAUUGUCUUUGAUAUUGGUAGGGGCAUGUCCCACGUAGUGCCGAUCUAUGAAGGCUUCGCCCUCCCUCGUGCCAUUAGUCGCCUUCCUCUCGCUGGGGACGAUCUUACACAUUAUCUGAUAAAGAUUCUCGCUGAACGAGGAUAUUCAUUUGUCAGUUCCGCUGAAAUAGAAAUAGUCCGCGACAUCAAAGAGAAACUGUGCUACGUCGCCCUCGACUUUGAUCAGGAGAUGCAAACCGCUGCGUCGUCAUCGUCACUCGAGAAGAGCUACGAGCUCCCCGACGGUCAGGUCAUCACCAUCGGCAACGAGCGAUUUCGUGUUCCCGAAGUCCUCUUCCAACCGUCUAUAUUCGAGUUGCCCGGCAUCCACGAGAUGGUCUACCACAGUGUCAAGAAGUGCGAUGUCGAUAUCCGCAAGGACCUUUACGCCAAUACGGUGUUGACCGGUGGCUCCGCCAUGUUUCCAGGAGUCGCUGACAGGAUGCACAAGGAGCUCUCCGCCCUGGCUCCACCAUCCACGAUGAUUAAAGUAAUACCUGACAGUAAGUAUUCUGCAUGGAUCGGUGGCUCCAUCUUGGCUUCUCUCUCUACCUUUCAGAGCAUGUGGAUCAGCAAGCAGGAGUACGACGAAUGGGGACCAACGAUCGUUCAUAAAAAAUGUUUCCAUUAAAUUUUACGAACUUUGCCAAACAAUUGUAAAAGUGCCGAGAACCUCAAGAAUCGCAACGUUCUACGAGACAACAUCCAAGGCAUUACCAAGCCUGCAAUCCAUCGACUUGCUAGAAGGGGAGGUGUCAAGAGGAUCUCUGGUUUUAUCUACGAAGAGACCCGCGGUGUACCGAAGUCUGUAAAACAAUGGUUUAUUCUGCAAACUUCAGG